CCAGCUCUCCCCACCCUUCGUGCUCUCCGCCCCGCUCGCCUCCUGUCCUUCCCCGCCCGCUCCAUCCGGGUCGCUGACGGCUGUUUCGGGACUGGACAGUGGUGGCGGCUGCUUUUCUCUGAGGAACCCGGUAAAGUUUCACAGGAGCCGGGGAGGGGAGCAGCGGAGCGGCGGAGCAGCGACACCGACGCCGGAGGAGCCGUGGUGUUCGCAGCCACUGUCUGAAGGAGGAGGGUCCAGGAGCUGGAGACCUGCCUCUACUGCCGCGGUGCCUCGCUCUCUGGGGAGGCGCCGCCCCCCGUCGGCCCGGGCUUCCCCUGCCUUGAGGAGCCGGAUAAGAGCUUCAGUUUUCAGUUGAUGUGGAGACAUAGGGAUAUCUCCAACUUUCCAGUGUUUCAGAAGGGAGUUUUUUAUUGAAACUGGAAGACCAAAAGAAUUACAAACAUGUUGUGCUGGGGAAAUGCAUCUUUUGGACAGCUAGGUUUGGGUGGAAUUGAUGAAGAAAUUGUACUAGAACCCAGAAAAAGUGACUUUUUUAUAAAUAAAAAGGUCCGAGACGUAGGAUGUGGACUCAGACAUACUGUGUUUGUUCUGCAUGAUGGAACGGUGUACACUUGUGGAUGUAAUGAUCUAGGACAGCUAGGUCAUGAAAAAUCCAGAAAGAAACCAGAGCAGGUUGUUGCCCUGGAUGCCCAAAAUAUCGUAGCUGUUUCAUGUGGAGAAGCUCAUACAUUAGCACUAAAUGACAAGGGCCAGGUGUAUGCCUGGGGUCUCGAUUCUGAUGGACAACUUGGCCUGCUAGGAUCAGAGGAAUGUAUCAGAGUACCCAGAAAUAUUAAAAGUUUGUCAGAUAUCCAGAUAGUACAGGUUGCUUGCGGUUACUAUCAUUCUCUUGCACUUUCUAAAGCAAGUGAAGUCUUCUGUUGGGGACAGAAUAAAUAUGGCCAAUUGGGUUUAGGCAUUGACUAUAAAAAGCAAGCUUCACCACAGCUGAUUAAGUCUUUGCUUGGAAUCCCUUUCAUGCAAGUUGCAGCAGGAGGAGCCCAUAGUUUUGUACUCACCCUUUCUGGAGCUAUCUUUGGAUGGGGACGCAACAAAUUUGGUCAACUAGGUCUUAAUGAUGAAAAUGAUAGGUAUUUUCCUAAUUUACUAAAGUCACUAAGAACUCAGAAAAUAGUUUAUAUUUGUUGUGGAGAAGAUCAUACUGCUGCACUAACCAAGGAAGGCGGAGUAUUUACUUUUGGAGCUGGAGGGUAUGGUCAGUUGGGUCAUAACUCUACCAGUCAUGAAAUAAACCCAAGGAAAGUUUUCGAACUUAUGGGAAGCAUUGUAACUCAGAUUGCUUGUGGAAGGCAGCACACUUCUGCUUUUGUUCCUUCAUCAGGACGCAUUUAUUCUUUUGGACUUGGUGGUAAUGGGCAGCUGGGAACUGGUUCAACAAGCAACAGGAAAAGUCCUUUCACUGUGAAAGGGAAUUGGUUCCCUUAUAAUGGGCAAUGUCCAACAGAUAUCGAUUCUGAAGAAUAUUUCUGUGUAAAAAGAAUUUUCUCAGGUGGAGAUCAAAGCUUUGCACAUUACUCUAAUCCCCAGAACUGUAGACCACCAGAUGACUUUAGAUGUACUGAUCCUUCAAAGCAGAUCUGGACUGUGAAUGAAGCCCUAAUUCAGAAAUGGUUGAGCUACCCCUCUGGAAGGGUUCCUGUGGAGAUAGCCAAUGAAAUAGAUGGAACAUUUUCAUCCUCUGGUUGUCUAAAUGGAAGUUUUUUAGCUGUUAGCAAUGAUGAUCACUAUAAAACAGGCGCCAAAUUUUCAGGAGUUGACAUGAAUGCUGCUAGGCUUUUAUUUCACAAACUUAUACAACCUGAUCAUCCUCAGAUAUCUCAGCAGGUGGCAGCUAGUUUGGAAAAGAAUCUUAUUCCUAAACUGACUGGCUCCUUACCUGACGUUGAAGCAUUGAGGUUUUAUCUUACUCUACCAGAAUGUCCCCUGAUGAAUGAUCCCAACAAUUUCAUAACAAUAGCAAUUCCCUUUGGUAGAGCUCUUGUGAACCUAGAAAAGGCACCACUGAAAGUACUUGAAAAAUGGUGGUCAGUGCUUGAACCUCCACUAUUCCUCAAGAUUGUAGAACUUUUUAAGGAAGUUGUGGUACAUCUUUUGAAAGAGUACAAGCGCGUCAUUGCCUCUCCUGAAAGAAGAAUUUUCAACAGUUUUCUUCAUACUGCAUUAAAGGUUUUAGAAAUAUUACAUAGGGUAAAUGAGAAAUCGGGACAGAUUAUACAGUAUGAUAAAUUUUAUAUACAUGAAGUACAAGAAUUGAUAGACAUAAGGAAUGAUUAUAUCAACUGGGUCCAACAGCAGGCAUAUGGAAUGGAUGUCAACCAUGGAUUAACUGAGUUGGCAGAUAUCCCUGUUACAAUCUGCACAUAUCCAUUUGUAUUUGAUGCCCAAGCAAAAACUACUCUGUUACAAACAGAUGCAGUCUUACAGAUGCAGAUGGCUAUUGACCAGGCCCACAGACAGAAUGUCUCCUCUCUUUUUCUCCCAGUGAUUGAAUCUGUGAAUCCCUGCUUAAUUCUAGUGGUGCGCAGAGAAAAUAUUGUAGGAGAUGCAAUGGAAGUCCUUAGGAAAACAAAGAAUAUAGACUACAAAAAGCCGCUCAAGGUUAUAUUUGUUGGAGAAGAUGCUGUUGAUGCAGGAGGGGUACGCAAAGAAUUUUUCUUGCUCAUCAUGAGGGAAUUACUGGAUCCUAAAUAUGGCAUGUUUAGAUAUUAUGAAGAUUCAAGACUCAUUUGGUUUUCUGAUAAGACAUUUGAAGACAGUGAUUUGUUCCACUUGAUUGGUGUUAUCUGUGGAUUAGCAAUUUAUAAUUUUACUAUUGUGGACCUCCAUUUUCCUUUGGCUUUAUAUAAGAAACUGCUGAAAAAGAAGCCAUCCCUGGAUGAUUUGAAAGAACUGGUGCCUGAUGUUGGGAGAAGCAUGCAACAGUUACUGGAUUAUCCAGAAGACGAUGUUGAGGAAACAUUUUGUCUUAAUUUUACGAUCACAGUUGAAAACUUUGGUGCAACAGAAGUGAAAGAGCUGAUUGUAAAUGGUGCAGACACAGCUGUUAACAAACAAAAUCGAAAGGAGUUUGUUGAUGCUUAUGUGGAUUACAUAUUCAAUAAAUCAGUGGCUUCCUUGUUUGAUGCUUUUCAUGCCGGCUUUCAUAAGGUCUGUGGAGGAAAAGUCCUUCAGCUCUUCCAGCCUAAUGAACUACAAGCAAUGGUUAUUGGAAAUACAAAUUAUGAUUGGAAGGAACUGGAACAGAAUACAGAAUACAAAGGGGAGUACUGGGCAGAACAUCCUACAAUAAAAAUUUUUUGGGAAGUAUUUCAUGAAUUACCAUUGGAAAAGAAAAAACAAUUUCUGUUAUUUUUGACAGGUAGUGAUCGCAUUCCUAUUCUUGGUAUGAAGAGUCUAAAACUAGCCAUCCAGUCCACAGGAGGUGGUGAGGAAUAUCUCCCAGUUUCCCAUACCUGUUUUAAUCUUCUGGAUCUUCCAAAAUAUACAGAAAAAGAAACUCUACGCUCUAAACUGAUCCAAGCUAUUGAUCACAAUGAAGGCUUCAGUUUAAUAUAACUUUGGAGUUGUAACUAUUCAGUUUACUGCAAAAGCAUUAAACUAAUUAUUUGUGUUUUUCUUGUGGUGAUGAAUUCAGCAAGGUGACAGAGGUACUAUUAUAAUUCUUACUUGCAAAAUGUUCAAUGCUAUGAGUAUUGAUGAAAGCCAAAAAAUAUUAAAGGAAAAUGAACAAACUGUGUUAAUAUUAAAAUUAUUGUACAGACCAUGGAUUUUUUUUUUUGCCUUCUUCCAAUAAACAUACAAGUAUUGUGAAUACAUUGAAGUUUUACUAACAUGAAUUUUAAGAGUUUGCAUAUUUCAUAAAUGAUCUGGUGUGUGAGUGCAUGGAAGUGUUGCUUAAUUUUUCUUCAAUCACUGGGUGAAAAACCUUUAACUUUGGCCUGCAGUAGUCAUUUGAUUAUUUUUUCAUUUUGAAAAUAAUGUUAAGUUUUGUAAUAAAAUAGUUAUGUUCUGAUACCAGUACAGUUUCUAUGGUUGUAAUUGAACUGACUUUUAAGGGUUAAAAAUUAUGAUUUAAAUCUUAUUUUGAAAAUCUAUAAAAGUAAAAAGUUAGCAUGGUGAAAACACAAUCUUUGCUUUUUUGCUAGAAUAAAUGUCCUUGUGCAAAUCUCAAUUACUGAUAGGAGUUAUCUAAAUAACUUGUAGUUCUUUUGUGAAUCUUGAGAUGCUACUGAUAAAUGGGAGGUUAUCAUAAAGCAUAAUAUUUAGUAAUGGAAUAACUUUGUUCUGCAGUUGCCAGGAAUAGAAACAUUGGCUACUAUGAGAAGCUAUUACUGGGUUCUAGCUUUCAAAACUAUUAAUGCUGCAGAUUGGUAUUUAGUGAGAAUUUUCAGUGCUUUAGAACUAUUUCCUUGAAUUUUAAGAAACAAAUCUUAACAGUUUUAUGGUGCUGAUGCUUAGUUAUCUCCUGUCAUUAAAUUGUAACAGUAAGUUGAUGCAACACACGUGACUUUCUGCUAUAAUGCAAAUAUUUAUUUUUUAAAUUUAUAAAAAAAUGCCGUGAAAACUGUUUAAAUAAUAAAGAUUUAUUGGUUUAAUAUUUAAACUUUUAGUCGUUCUCAUAUAAGAUUCAGAGUUCUUCAGAGAAUAAUGUGUCAGGAAGGUCUCUUAAAUUUUGGAUUGUUGUUCCCAUUCCCAUACAAAUUUGUCUAUUUAAUAGAGGUCCUCAAGUCUAUCUGUAAUUCCAAAAUCCAAGAUAACUAUUAAAAAAACUUACGUAUCUCAUUUUGCAGCAAAACCUGAUCUGAAUUGUUGAGGUUACAUGUAUGUAUGGUAUUAAAUAGGACUAAAUUCGA